GAUUCGAAAGGUCGCGAAACCUACCGCUCCAAAGGAAUGUCGCCAUCGCCCAUCUCCAUGCCUCCGUCUUCCCCCAUCGCCGACGACACAACCGAUGACAACGCUCUCCAGCCCUUCUUCGUUCUCCACAAAGCAUUGCCUCAGAAAUGCGAUAGGAAGGCAGCCGGAUCCACAAGAACUAGAAGGAAGAUCGAUCUACCCCCUUCGUCCCCGAAAUCGCCUGAGAAGUCAGAUGCUGUCGCUUCUUCCGUCGGACCAAAUGACGCGAACUACGAGCGGCUCCGCCUCGAGGCUUUUGAUAUGACCUGGUCCAAGAUUGACACCACUAUCAAGGAGGUUCUGACGCGAGUUCACCGCAAUCUGUUUGCUGAAGUGCACCAGUGGGCUCUCGAAUCAUUUUUAGCCCUUAAAUCCGGCAAACCAAGAAAUGCAUUCGAAAUCCAGACCCCGUAUCCACUUCUAGAUGACGUUAUAUGCAAACAGAUACCAACGGCAAUGAUACUUACGAAGAAUGCUGAAUUUGUCGAUGAUAUGCUAACAUUUCAAGAACUUGGGGAGCAUUUGAAAUCUAAGGGAUGCCACAUUGCUAACCUCUCAGCAAUGGAUUUCUGUGCGAAGGAUGGCAUUGCUGGUUGCUUGAGAAGUUUGCUUAGGCAGUUAGUUAUGGAUGCUCCUGAUAUGGCAGAUAUGUCUGUACUGUCCUCGUGGUACUGUGAGCCUGAAAAUUAUGAUCACCCAGUGAUCAUUGUAAUUGAUGAUAUGGAGCGAUGCAGUGGUGCCAUUCUUGCUGACUUUAUUAGACUGCUAAGCGAGUGGGUAAUCAAGCUUCCAGUCAUCUUUAUAAUGGGGGUGGCAACAACCGACACAGCUAAGAAGCUUCUUCCUUCAGAUGCAUUGCAACACUUGCAGUCUUCUAAGUUCACAUUGGGAUCGCCACUUGAGAGAAUGAAUGCUCUAGUGGAGGCUGUUCUUGUAAAGCCAUCUUUUGGAUUCAACAUUGGUCACAAUGUUGCAGUCUUCAUGAGGAACUAUUUUCUUGGACAUGAUGGGACAAUUACUUCUUUCGUGAGGGCUCUAAAGCUUGCAUGCGUGAAACAUUUCUCUAUGGAGCCUCUGAGUUUUUUGGGCAUUGACAUACUUGAUGAAAAUCAGGUUUUCUUACAUGGCAAGUGUGAUGCACUACCUGACUCUUUGCUUAAAUAUGCUUUUAAUCUUCCAUCUUGUAAAAGGGGAAAAGAUUGCAAGAAUAGUAGAGAUGAUCUUGGAGAAGGGUUAUCUGAUCUAAGGAAGCUGCUCAAGGCUUGGAGUUCUGUCAUCUUGUGCUUAUAUGAAGUUGGAAAGCACAACAAGAUACAACUACUUGACAUUUUCUGUGAGGCCACUGACCCGACAUUGAGUAGCCUAGAUCCUUCAAAUCAUAAAUUGGAAAGGUCAUUCAAUGGUCAGAAUCUAGCAGAAGGAAGGUUAGAUUUUAAAGGGGGACUUAUUGGUCAGUUAAUACAUACAGUGAGAGAACUCCCUUUAUCAUCGCUAAUUAAGUUGCUUGACUCAUGGAGUAUCCACACAGAGGAAUUGUGUGAGGUUCAUGGAGAAGUCAGAGAGCUACAAUCAGUAGUAAAAUCUUCAAACGGUGGGAACAACUUGAAAGACAGACAGAUUGAUUGCCAUAGGAUGUCAAUGUCUUUGUGUGCGGGAAGGACAUCACUCUCGGUUAAUGGUAAAGCAGCUGCUUUAUUGGAUAACAUGGUCAGGAAGUUUUUGAUGCCAAUCGAGUGUUUAUGUUUUCAUGAAAUUAUUUGCUUCAGAAAUGUUGAUAUUCUGCAAUCAGCUUUAAUUGGCAAUCCAAGGAGAAACAUUCAAGUUGAUCUUAUGAAGUCCACAACCUAUAUUAAGUGCAGUUGCUGCAGCGGUAAUGAGAAUGUGUUAUCACCAACUAUGCAUGAUACAUCGGUUAUGUACAAUCUAGCCCAGGAGCAUGGUGACCUUGUAAAUCUUCAGGAUUGGUACCAUUCUUUCAAGUCAACAGUUUUGGGCACUAAUAAACUCAAAUGUCCAUUGCAACAUUCACCAAUGUCCAAAAAAGUGAAAUCUUCUCCUUCAGAAAGUGAAGCUUCAAUUCAAGCAAGAUUCUGCAGAGCUGUUAUCGAACUCCAAAUUGCAGGCCUAUUCCGGAUGCCUAGCAAAAAAAGACCAGAUUUUGUGCAGAGAGUUGCAUUUGGUCUUUGAGCUUCUGAUAUUUACAAUUUCCCAUAGAACUUAUU